UUUAUCACGUUAACCUACCACCUGAAGAAAAUAUAAUUAAAUUUUAGAUUUUUAUAUAUGUGUGUAUAUCUAAAAUACAUACACACAUACAAAUAAGGACUCACUCAACUCAGAAAAAUAUUAUGCUCCCAGUUAUAGUUUAUUACAGCACUGAAUUUCUGUAAUCCCCCAGGUCUUGGCUUCCUGGGAUGAAUAGUUCCAAUGAAGGAAGGAACUGAAGGUACCAAGAUCAGCAUUACAUCCUUCACCAGAGACUCUGUACUGGAGCUUCAGGGAAGAGGCCAGAAUCAACAAUAGAGCAGAUAUUAGAGUUGCUGGCUGUUCCUAAGGGCUCCAGAAAAUGUCCAAGUCCCAAGGCUCACUGUCAUUCAAAGAUGUGGCUGUGGUUUUCACCUGGGAGGAGUGGCAGCUACUGGACCGUGUUCAGAAGAACCUGUAUCAAGAUGUGAUGUUGGAAAAUUAUAUCAACUUAAUAUCAGUAGGGUAUCAAGUUACCAAAGCAGAUGCAUUCUACCGGUUGGAACAAGAAACACCAUGGAUAAUAGAGGAAGAAAGCCAGAGUCACAUUCAUCCAGAAGACACCUGGCAAGUUGAUAAUCAUAGAGACUGGCACAAAGGAAACCAUGGCAACCUGGAAACUAUGGAGAGUUACCACAAAGAUAAUGCAUUUGGAAAAAUAUCUUCUCUGAGCUUAAACCUUGAUAUCUCCUUAGCACAAAGAUCUCAUACACUUGACAUACUUGGGAAACAUUUGAAACCUAAUCUAGAGUGUAUUACUCAGAAUAAAAGGUAUGCAAGAAAUGAAGUUGAAUUUAAUCAAUAUGACAAAUUAUUUCUUUACACUAAGCAUGAGAAAAUUCAUACUGGACAAAAAUACAAUGAACAUAAUGAACAUAUGAAAGUUUUGAGCCAUAAGUCACAGCUUAUUAAAUAUUGGAAAACUCAAACAGCAGAGAAACACUAUAACUGCAGUGACUGUAGGAAAGCCUUUUCUCAGAAGUCGGACCUCAUUAAGCAUCAGAGAACACACACAGGAGAGAAACCCUUUGGAUGCAGUAGAUGUCAGAAAGCCUUCAGGCGGAAGUCCCAUCUCAUUUUACACCAGAGAACCCAUACAGGAGAGAAACCCUAUGAGUGCAACAAAUGCGGGAAAGCCUUUACUGAUAAGUCAUGCCUUAAUAAACAUCAGAGAACUCACACAAGAGAGAAACGGUUUGAGUGUCGUGUAUGUCAGAAAGGCUUCAGCGAUAAGUCACAACUCACUUUACAUCAAAGAACUCACACAGAAGAGAAACCCUACAGAUGUGAAGAAUGUCAGAAAAGCUUCAGCAAUAAGUCACAGCUCAUUAUUCAUCAGAGAUCUCACACAGGAGAGAAACCCUAUGGUUGCAAUGAGUGUGGGAAAACAUUUCCCCUUAAGUUUAGCCUCAUUUUACAUCAAAAAACACAUACAGGGGAAAAACCUUAUGGAUGCAGUGAAUGUGGGAAAGCCUUCAUCCAGAGAUCUGAGCUCAUUAGACAUCAGAGAACUCACACAGGAGAGAAACCGUAUAAUUGCAGUGACUGUGGAAAAGGCUUUAGUGUAAAGUCACUCCUCAAUACUCACUUGAGAACUCACACAGGAGAGAAGCCCUACGGAUGCAGUGAAUGUGGAAAAACAUUCUCCAUCAAAUUUAGUCUCAUCCUACACCAAAGAACUCAUACAGGUGAGAAACCCUAUGAAUGCAGUCAGUGUCAGAAAGCUUUCACCCAAAAGUCACAUCUCACUAUUCAUCAGAGGUCUCACACCGGAGAGAAACCUUUUGAGUGCAGUGAAUGCCACAAAGCCUUCAGCCGGAAGUCAUAUCUCCUUAUUCAUCAGAGAAUUCACUCGGGAGAGAAACCUUAUGAAUGCCACGAAUGUGGGAAAGCUUUCUGUCACAAGUUUAGCCUCCUCAUUCAUAAGAGAAUCCAUACAGGAGAGAAACCUUAUGGAUGCAGUGAAUGUGGGAAAACUUUCCCUAUCAAGUUUAGCCUUGUUUUACAUCAGAAAACACAUACAGGAGAAAAACCCCAUGAAUGCAGUGAAUGUCAGAAAUCUUUUGCCCAGAGGUCACAUCUUAUUAUACAUCAAAGAACUCACACGGGUGAGAAACCUUAUGGAUGCAGUGAGUGUUGGAAAACUUUCUCCCACAAGUUCAGCCUCAUUUUACAUCAGAAAACUCAUAGAGAGAAAUUGUGAAGAAAGUAGAUAUCCAAAAGUUGUCAUUGAAAGGAAAUAGCUCCUUACACUCCAGAGUUUACAUAGGACUGAAACCUUAAGACUGCAGAAGAUGUGGACCUGUUUUCUUUUCAGAAUCACAACUUAUUACUUAUCACAGAGUGGUACUGCAUAGAAUGCUAGACAGGAGGAAAUACCUUUCCCAAUGAAUGUCAAUUGGAUGUAGCCCAGAGAGAAUAAAUAGGAACUUCUGCGUAUGUUUUAAUUUUGGGGAUGUUGUUGGUAUGAAAUUCAGCUACAUUGGUAUCAGAGAAUUGAUAUUCAGGGGAAAAGUCUAUAAAGAAUCUUGGAAUCAUGCUUUCAUGGGUAUCAUUUUAUGAGGGAAUUCAUUUUCUGUAACUGUGACAUAAUAAACAGCACUAUAGAAUGUAUUAAAUAUGUAAAUAAAUACAGUAUCAGAAAACAAAGCAAAAGUUAUAUCAGAACCUUGUGAGAAUAUGUAAGUGUUUUGUACCUAUUUUUAUUAUGAUUGUUUGUAUUUGGAAAUUGCGUGUGUUAGCAUAACAGUUGUGACUCCCUAGUCCAUGUGCUUAAAUGUCAUAAAACUUUACCAUAGAAUAUCUGCACUGAGUCUUUGUAUCAUUACAAUGCUACAUAAAUUGUAACUGAACUACAUGGUUCAUUAUUUUAGUUAAAAAUCUUAAGGGCUUCCCUGGUGGCGCAGUGGUUAAGAAUCCACCUGCCAAUGCAAGGGACACGGGUUCGAUCCCUGGUUCGGGAAGAUCCCACAUGCCGCGGAGCAACUAAGCCCGUGUGCCACAACUACUGAGCCUGAGCUCUAGAGCCCACAAGCCACAACUACUGAGCCCAUGUGCCACAACUACUGAAGCCUGCGCACCUAGAACCCAUGCUCCGCAACAAGAGAAGCCACUGUAAUGAGAAGCCUGAGCACCUCAUUGAAGAGUAGCCCCCGCUCGCCCCAACUAGAGAAAGCCUGCACGCAGCAACGAAGACCCAACUCAGCCAAAAAAAAAAAAAAAAUCUUAAUACUGAAUAUCUCACCACCUCUACCACGCCCCACUGUAUGCUGGUAUUAGUAAGUGGGCCUGGAAAUUUUUGAAUCUCUCUUGAGUGAAACUUUUUUUCAUCGAUUCUAAGAUGGAAUAUUUUCCUCACGUAUUAAUAACUCUGAAGUUAAAAUACAGCAUACAGUUGAUGGCUUGACAUAUUUAAAUGGAGAACUUGGUACAUAAAAUAGUAGUGUAUCAUACAACCAAAGUUAUCUUAGAUUGGAUGAAAUACAGUAGAAGUCAUCAUCUUUAUAAUUUUCUUUCUUCUAAAUCAGCCACCUAUUUAGGGUUUGAAGAUGAUGACUGUUCACAGGUUUUAUACCCCCUUUGAGUUCUAAACAGUUUGAGAGAGAGUCCCCGAUAUCAGAAGAUAAAAUUAAAUAUUAGCCUGAGUCCUGGUAUUGCUUGAUUCGAUAAUGUGUUUUGUUCCUAUGGUCAA